AUGGUCCCCCUAUCAUUUGCCCUUCGAGCAGCUCUGCUCACCCUCUCCACCAUCGCCCUUCCCACCCUCUCCCUCCCAGCCCCCAUUGCCCAACGAGACGUAGCCCUCCAUCGCUCCUCCCUAGACAGCACCUGGGACGACACCGACAGCUGGGAACCCCACGCAGGAUGGUUCUCCUACAACGAAGACGAAGACGAUGACGACGAUGAAGGGAACGAGUGGUGGGAAGUAAACAGCUGGGAGGAGGAGGAGGAGGACGACGACGACAGCUACGAUUACAGCUGCGAGUAUGAUGAUGAAGACUACGACUGCGAAGAAUACCCCGACUACGACGAGGACUGGGACGAAGACGAAAACGACGAGGGGUGUGAAUGGGACGAGAACGACGAAAGCGACUGGGAAAGUGACGACGAUAACGACGACGAUCCCACCUGGGAGGAUUACUCCCUCACUAAUCUAGUAAUCCACUCCCCCCAUCAAACCCUCCACUCCGGAAUCGGCACAGUCUACACCCAAGACGGCCGCGUCGGCUCUGCGGCACCUCCCACGACGACUCCGCCUUCGUCGUCGCCCUCGGAAACGACUGGAUGCACCACCGGUACCAGGCCUCCGAGUGCGGCCGCCAGAUCCAGGUCACCAACAAGGGGUCGCGUCACCACGUCGGCGGCGAGGGUAACACCAUCACCGUCACCGUCCAGGACACCUGCGCCAGCUGCGACGCCGGCCACGUCGACUUUAGCCAUGCCGCGUGGGACGCGCUGA